CAAUACCCAGAAAUUAUUAGUUUCACACCAAGCUCUGAUAUGUGUUGCGUCUAUUUGGGACAAAGUGUGAGCGAAUCUUGUGUUUGCAAUGGAAAAAUAACGCUUUUGAACACCUUCAUUCGUGAUCUCGUUACCAAACUGGUAACUGUGCUACGUGUGGAUAAUUUCAAGUCACAUCUAUCGGAUUGUUCGGCACUCACAAACGGAUCAUCAGAUUCGAGUGCAACAUCAUCAACUUUAGAUCCGAAUGAAUUUGAAACUCGUUUGAUGGAAGCAGUUACAACGUCUCCGGCUCUAUUGCAAUUCUAUCAAAAUUCAACUUUCAAUUUGGAAUACUUUCUAAAAAUAAUGGUGUUUGGACGAGAUGGAAAUGAACUGCGAAUGCCCACCGAUGAGUCGGUGGUCCUUACUGAACUUGCAAUGAUUGAUAACGCGGCAUUCAGUAUUACACCAAAUAUUUCGCUGAAAUCACCGCGUCGUUUCUUUCGGAUUGGAGUAGCUCAAGCGAUUCCGUGGUCGUACCUAAAAAUGGAUCCCAAAACAUCGACGCCGCUCUUAGAUGAACAAGGAAACGUGCAGUGGGAUGGAUAUUGCAUCGACUUUGCUGAGCGUCUGUCGGAAAAAUUAGAUUUUGACUAUGUUCUGGUUCCUCCGACACGUGGCUCAUUUGGUGAUCGAGUUCCUGGAUUGAACAAUACAUGGGAUGGUCUUGUAGGAGAUCUGGUCACUGGGCAAAUCGAUAUUGCUGUUGCACCUAUGAAAAUGACGGCCGAACGAGAGGAAGUUAUUGAUUUUGUUGCGCCAUAUUUCGAACAGACUGGAAUUUUGAUAGUAAUUCGAAAGCCCGUACGUCAGACAUCUUUAUUCAAAUUUAUGACUGUGCUUCGUGCUGAAGUGUGGCUGAGUAUCGUAGGCGCAAUAAUUACAACCUCUAUAAUGUUAUGGAUACUAGAUAAGUAUUCGCCUUACAGUGCAAAAAACAAUAAAGAUGCCUAUCCCUAUCCAUGUCGUGAUUUUACAUUCAAGGAAAGCUUAUGGUUUUCUAUGACAUCGUUCACCCCACAGGGCGGCGGAGAAGCACCAAAAUCACUUUCCAGCCGAACAUUGGUUGCAGCCUAUUGGCUCUUUGUUGUAUUGAUGUUGGCCACAUUUACGGCCAACCUUGCAGCAUUCCUAACCGUUGAACGUAUGCAGACGCCUGUUCAAUCGCUGGAUCAGCUAGCACGACAAUCCCGUAUCAAUUACACAGUUGUCGAAGGAUCGGACACGCAUAAAUAUUUCAUCAAUAUGAAAUUUGCCGAGGAUACACUGUAUCGUAUGUGGAAAGAGUUAACCUUGAACAGUACCUCGGAUCAAACGCAAUAUCGUGUCUGGGAUUAUCCGAUCAAAGAGCAAUACGGCCAUAUAUUGCUCGCUAUAAAUUCAUCAAAUCCAGUUGAAAAUGCCACGCAAGGUUUUCAAAAUGUCAAAGAUCACAUUAACGCUGACUAUGCAUUUAUUCACGAUUCGGCCGAAGUGAAGUAUGAAAUAUCCCGAAGUUGUGAAUUAAUCGAAGUUGGAGAAGUGUUUGCGGAGCAACCGUAUGCAUUAGCUAUACAACAAGGCAGUCAACUACAGGAUGAACUAAGUCGUGCAAUUCUGGAAUUGCAAAAAGAUCGGUUUUUCGAAGCAUUAACAGCAAAAUACUGGAACCAUUCGUCAAAAGCCGAUGAAUGCCCGAAUAACGACGAAAGCGAGGGAAUCACACUCGAAUCUCUUGGUGGUGUUUUCAUAGCUACACUCUUUGGUUUGGCUCUAGCCAUGGUUACGUUGGUCAUCGAAGUGGUUUACUACAGACGACGUGAUGCUCGUGAAAAUACUGUUAAACCCAUUUCUGGAGUCACCCCACCACCAUCUUAUGAUGACCAGCAUGUGAAUCGAUCAUCGAAAAAACUGUUUCGACUCAAUAACGAAAAUUUGGUUACACUAGGUGGAGAAAAAUUUGUACCAGCUGCUCAUUCACAACGCACACCUUAUAUUCCAUCGUAUCGGCGCCGAUCGAUUCGAUCAGCUGAAGAAAAUGAAUAUAUUGAGUGAGAUUAUAAAGAACGAUAAUUAACUAAAGCACGAAAUCGCACGACAGAAAUUGCUCAUUCAGAGCCAAAACUCAAAAUUGAUUGCUUUAAACGUAGCAUUGAGAAUUUUUUCUUGAAAAUGUUCACAAUAGUUGUUAUCACUGCAGAA